AUGGCAGCCUGUGGAAGGGUAUUCUGCCGAGUUAGCCACAGCCGCCUGAGUGCAUUCCGCAGCGGUGUCCAUUUCACUGGCAGUCAAUCUGGCUACCACUCAAGGCCAGAUCGAGAUAGCGGAGGGUGUGGUUGCUUGCAGUGGUUUGGCACAAGGGCUUUGAGCUCUGGUGUGGAAACAGAAGAGAAGGCCAAUGGAGGUGAUGGGCUGCCUAGCUCACCAGCGCAGCCCUCUGGUGAUGCGCUGCUCCCUUUGAAUGCCCAACUGGAAUGGCCCCAACCUACUCAUGCCUGUGGUGCCCUCAGGGAAGCCCAAGCAGGCCAAAGGGUGAAGAUAUGUGGUUGGGUAGAUGCGUACCGCAAUUUUGGUAGCAUUGUCUUCCUUGAUAUCAGGGAUCAGUCUGGUCUGCUCCAGGUUGUGAGUGAGCCAGGGCCAGUGGACACCAGCACCAUUGCGAGUAGGCUGCGAAAGGAGUAUGUCGUUUGUGUCUUGGGGACUGUCCGGGUGAGGAAGGACCCAAACCCACUGCUGGCUACGGGCAAGGUCGAGGUUCUUGCUGAGGCGAUCGUUGUUUUGAAUGCUAUUCAGCGAAAGCUCCCAUUUCCUGUCAGCAGCGCUGAGGAAACCGAGGCACCUCGCGAGGAGCUCCGGCUGCGCCAUCGAGUCCUUGACCUCAGGAGGCCUGCCAUGGCAAGCAACAUUCGCCUCCGUCAUCACCUGGUGAAGGCAAUCCGGCGGUUUCUUGAAGACCAGGCAGAUUUUGUGGAAGUGGAGACCCCAGUUCUCACUCGGUCCACUCCUGAGGGUGCCAGGGACUACUUAGUGCCAGCCCGGAACAAGAGGGGGGAGUGGUAUGCACUGCCUCAGAGUCCGCAGCUGUUCAAGCAGAUGCUCAUGGUCGCUGGCUUCAACAGGUACUACCAAAUUGCAAAGUGUUUCCGGGAUGAGGAUUUGCGUGCAGAUCGGCAGCCGGAAUUCACACAGCUGGACAUGGAAUUAGCUUUCACAGACAGCGAAGGGAUCAUGAAUCUGGUGGAAGACCUCAUGAGCACUGUCUUCUGGCAAGUCAAAGGCACCAAGCUGCAGAAACCUUUCCCCAGACUGACGUAUUCCGACGCCCUUAGCAGAUAUGGUACUGACAGGCCAGACACCAGAUUUGAAAUGAAGCUGGCAGACGUAUCAUCAGCAGUUGCGGAUUCUUCUUUUCUUCUGUUUUCAAACUGCAUUGCAGCGGGCGGUGUCGUGAAGGCCUUGAGAGUCCCAAAAGGCCUCAGGAUAACGAACUCACGUUUGAAAACGAAGGGCGACGUGUCUGCUGAGGCUGUCAAGUGUGGGGCCAAGGGGGUGGUGUACAUUCGGGUUCAGGAAGGGGGCCAGAUCAAUGCAGCCAAGAAUGUAGUGGAAGGGCUAUCCCAGGAACAAAAGGAAGAACUGCUUAGGCUCUGUGAGGCACAGCCAGAGGACCUUCUACUCCUGGUGGCCACAUCAUCUGUUCAAUUGGCCAACAAUGUUCUCAGCCACUUGCGCCUGUAUCUAGCCAAAGAACUUGGAGAGAUAAGUGAGGACGCCCAUGCUUUGGUGUGGGUGACAGAUUUCCCUAUGUUUGAAUGGAAUGAAGGUGACCAGCGUUGGGAAUCUCUGCAUCACCCUUUCACUGCCCCUAAUCCUGGAACCAUUGCUGAAGAUGGCGACCUCACAGGAGCAAAGGCAUUGGCCUAUGACUUAGUUUACAACGGCAUCGAGAUAGGGGGCGGCAGCAUGCGCAUCUUUAAGCGAGCCCUUCAAAUGCAGGUAUUCAAAACAAUUGGAUUGUCAGAAGAGGAGGCCGUGGAAAAAUUUGGGUUCCUUUUGGAUUGUUUUGACUUGGGUGCACCUCCCCAUGGGGGCAUCGCAUUCGGAGUGGAUAGACUGGCAAUGCUGAUGGCGGGAGCCAAUUCAAUAAGGGAUGUCAUUGCCUUUCCAAAAACCACUCAAGCUGAGUGCCUCCUAACUGGAGCACCAGCUCCAGUGAAAUUUGGCCAGCUGGAUGAGCUUGGAGUGCGUAUCCAACCCAAGGAUUCUGACAGUGAGUCGUAG